AAUGCGCGCGCCUGGUCGAACUGUCUAGAAACCACCCUUUCAGCCCAAUAUAAAUACAAGUGAGCAGGCAGAUGAGACUCACACUGCUCGAACUACAUCCCAAGAAGCAACACGGUGGUCAAGCUCUCAUAUCUUCAAAUCGACAGAUUGUGAGGAGGUCGAUUUACUGCCCAUCGCCUUCUAAUUUGCUUCGCCAAGGACCAAGGUCCAGAAGAAAUUUGAUAAGCCUAGAAGUUCCUGGAGAAACACUUGGAUUUGGGUGUGAAGCUGAAAAUUAAAAGCAGCUAUUACACCCCAAAUGUUACAGCUCUCGUGCCAACAAAGUGCUAAAGGAAAACAAAAAGUGGUCGACAGCAGUAGCAAGCCCAACAGAACUUGCUCCAAUGGCAUGCCAUGUGCUCGAACAGGUUUAUUUAUACGUGAACCAACGGAUGCGACAAAUUUAAGUUACUCAUCUUCAGAUGAUGAAGUGACAAACCAAUCAGCGACGGUGAUUUUUCCUACUUAUACUGGUAUGCUCACAUCAAUCGACGGAUUGGAGCGAGGAGAAAGCUCAAAAGGGCGAAAGCGUGCACGUGAAGCAAUAAGAUAUGCUAGCCGUACACCAGAGCAAAUCCAAGCAAGGCGAGAACGUGUUAGAGCACGUCGGCAAAAUUUGACACCUAAGGAGAAGGAAGAGAUUAAUGCACGAAGAAGAGAGAAACGACAACGUAUGACACUUGAAGAGAGAAAUGCAAGCCAGCGAGCACGUAGGCAAAGUUUGACACUAGAGGAGAGGCAAGAAAGAAAUGCACGCCAACGAGCGCGUCGGCAAAGCCUGCCACCGGAAGAGCGGCGGGCACUUCUAGCUCAACGUAAUGCAAGUUAUGCAUCUAGACGAGAUACCCCAUGCAUGGAUUCCAUUGUAUCAAAUUGCCCUACAGGUUCAUUGCUGGGACAUGCAUCAUCAAGCUCUUAUGCCUUUAGUUACCCAAGCACACUGACUCAAACUUUUUCUACAAUUCAAGGUAAUCUAGAAAGCAUACCUGAAGGAAUGGAAGAUGAUCACAUAGUUUUCACUAGCAAAGGUGACGCUAAUACUGUCCAGUGCAAGGAACUCACAUCGGUGCAAUGUCCAACAUCUACAUCAUUGGACAGUUCAUCAUUGGCCCCUGAUGACUCCAUAUGCCCAGGUUCCCCAACGGAAAGCUUUAAUGUGGAUGAUGAUUUUUCUCAUAUGACCGAAGAAGAAGAUGAUGAGUACUUCGCAUUUGCUGGGAGAGGGAACACUGAAGAUUGCGAUGACAUGGUAGAUGCUUUUACAACAGACAACAUUGUUCCUGACCCAUAUGACUGUGUUUACCAGAAUAUACCAAAAAGUACUCACACGCUGGUGCCAAAGCCUGAUUGCAAGCAUUGCGGCGCAAAGAGGUUCCAGUAUGAGACAAAUGGAUUUUGUUGCCAGUCUGGAAAAAUUAAGUUAGCACAGUCAGAACCACCCUUGGAACUUCAGAUGUUGUACACAAGUUCAGAUAGUGAUGCUGUACAUUUUAGGGAUAACAUUCGCUACUUCAAUGGCCACUUUUCAUUCACCACUCUUGGAGUCAGUCUUGACAAUAGAUACACAAACAUGAGGUCAGGAGUCUAUACAUUCCGAGCCCAUGGUCAGAUUUACCACAACAUCUUCUCAUUUGGUCCAACACAAGAUGGACCUAAGCAUCUAGAGUUAUACUUCUACGAUGAUGACCCGAGUCUACAACAUAGGUUUCGGCGCUCCCCGAACCUAGACCGAGAUGUCAUUCGAAGGCUUGUCAACAUCCUUAAGGAUAAUCCUUAUUCUGAAACAUUCAGGAAUCUAGGUGGAGUCGAUGACCUUGAGGAUUAUCGUAUUGAACUGAACACCGACAUGAGGUUGGACCAACGGAGAUAUAACUUGCCUAUAUCAUCAGAGGUUGCAGCUAUUUGGGUUGAGGGUAAUGAACUAUGUAAGCAUUUUGACCGUAGCAUUGUCCUGUUUGGUAAUGACAACAAGAGAUAUAGCAUCCAACCAUAUUAUGGAUGCUAUGAUCCAUUGUCUUACCCUUUGUUCUUCCCAAGAGGGGAGAUUGGUUGGCAUCCUGAGAUCCCAAAGAACGGUGUCAGCUUGAAUGAGAUACUUCAAUCCCGCCGCAGUGGUCGAAAGAAACCAGGUCUGAAGUUUGGGCAGUGGACUUUCAAAAUGGCAACUUGGAUACUUGCUUUAGUGUUCAUGAUAUUUUUUAUUUUGUAAAUGUCAGCUUCCUCACGUCAGACAUUUACAUGUGCACAACAAAUGUACCUUCUGGCUAUGAGUGCUUGCUGGAGACUAAAAUAGACGAGAGCCGCAUUGGUAGAGGUCAGUGGACUGGAGGUGUGCGGUGCACUGAGAAGGCGAAGCAGAGGCUGAAAGUUAGACUAAUUUUCUGUGCUUCACGAGCUGCUUUGUAGCAAAGUUAAAUACUCUGUUUUUUUACAGUGAGGGGAGAUACUUGUUGCACAUAUAAGCUAUGUAGCGCUUAUGUUUUUUAGAUGGAAGAUACUCUACUUUGUAGCAGGGAGAGAUAGUGCUACUUCUGUCAUAUUCUUGUACAUACAUCUCUAAGCUUAAUAACAAUUGAUUAUGCUCUU